AUGGUGGCCCGUGAAACUGCUGGAAUGGAUAAAUGGCGUAGUCAGCCUGUUAUGGACCCCAAAGCACGUCAUUUAGAGAUUGGAAGAUUGAUAACCUCAAAGUCAUACUCCUUUUGUGUGUUGGCCAUGAAGCAAAGACGUCUUGGCCCUUGUUCUGACCCUCCCGUUACUCUAAUCGGACCUCUACGUCCUACCCAUGUCGUACAAAAUCUUCGGCUGGACUACAAAACUAGCCAGUCAGUCCAAAUCCGCUGGGAAUUUGAUCCACUUGCUUCGACUUCUCAAAAAAUUGGAUUUUAUCUUAAACAAAUGGGUCAGAAGAGUUACUUGGAUCAAGAUUUGGUAGAGAAAUCUAUGGUUUCACCUCAAUUUGAAAAGAGAGUGAAUGGAUCUGAAAGGCAAUUAUUUUUAGCAAAUUUAAGGCCUUAUAUGAAUUACACAUUACAAUUGGGUGUUUACUCGCUAGAAGAUGGUCGGCAUUAUUGGCCUAGAGAAUUGCAAGUACAAACAGACCCUAGAGGACCUCCUUUUGUGGAAGCACCAGAAUUUAUCCAAUCUGAUGGACCACAUACCGCACAGUUCCGGCUAAGUCCGGCAAGCGAGGAGUACGGUAUUAUUAGCCAUUACUGGUUGAUAGUUAUACCAGCAAAUAACAACAGAUCCAAGGAAGCUGUUACUAGCGCUGAUAAAGCAUCAAGUAAUUCCGACCAACAGCAACACAGGCAUAGACGUCAUGAAGUUUCCUACGUCCAUGUUCGACAGCAACAUCCCCAUAGAAAAAGACGGCAUCAACAUAUUAACGACAAAGUUGAGGUUAAACCUCUCGAUGGGGUUUAUAUUGCAGCACAGAUAUCUUCUAGUGAAAUGCAACGUUUAUAUCGAGAUGAAUUGACUUUUACACUUGGGGAUGGGCUGGAAUACGAAGGCUUCACAAACUUCCCGCUUGAUCCACACGUAAAAAUCUAUCAGUUAAUGAGUCGAGCAUUUGCUAGGGACGAGCAUUGGAAGCGUGCUUCCGACCAACCAAGUGAUCAUCGUCCACCUUUACAAGAACCACAGUCAAAAUUGUAUACAGACUCGGCUUUGAGUGAUCCCUUUGAAACUCGAGUUCCUUCUUUGUUCACAGGAGGAGGGUCUAUUCGAGGUGGAGGAAUUAUGUUUCCUCUCUUGGCGGCGGGUAUAACCUUCUUUGUGAUAGCCGUACUCGUUGGAAUGCUUUUGCUAUGGUGGCUUAGAUGCAAGAGGAACACGAAUGCUACCAGAUCCUCUACAAAUUCCAUCCAUAAAGUACCCCUAAGUUCGCGUGAUUUACCCGCAAAGGCUAAUGGACAUGGGACUAACGGUGUUUUGCCUACUGAAACUAAUAAAUUACUAUUGGGAAUGGAUCAGGUUCAAGAGACAUUCUUUAAGUUAAAUCAUUUUUGA